CUCUUAAGUGAUGAGAGUUACGGAUGACGAAGCCGGACCUUGUCGUAAUCAUUGCACAAAACCAGUCGAACAAUGUCAACAAGUCGGAAUGUUUAUUUCUCAAUAUUUUCGAACUUUCGAGACAACCAGUUAGAGAUAUGAUUGAUUUUCGUAGGAAAAAUAUAUUCCCGAUACUUAUACUAUUUGUGCUAUACAGGGGCUAUAGAACGUCUGAAGUCAGAAUAUCUACACCAGACAGAUACAGUUAUCGCUAUUUAACGGGGGACGGUGUUCCGACUCCCAACACCACCUACCUUAGCUUCCAGGUCCAAGCCUGCAAUGACGCUCACGUAGCGUUAAAAUCCUCGGGAAGGAAACCGCUAGAAAUCGUUCUGGGUGGAUGGAGUAACUCCAAAUCUUGUUUUCGGACUGAAAUUCAGGGAUCAUGUAGGACUGAACACAAAGGACGCAUUUUAGACUGUGGGGAGUUCCAAACAUUUUGGAUCGAUUGGACGACCAGACGGAUAAGAGUGGGGAAAACAGACAACGGUAUAAAGGAUCCAUUGCUGACCUAUCGACUCAAUGCAGCAUUGUCUAAUGUAGAAAUUGGCAUUACGACGGGAUUUGGAGCUUCUGGUGUAUGGGUUUUUCAAGGACCGACUACUCCAACACCAAGCAUAACAACGGCAGCAACACUUUCAUCUUCUAACUCCCAGCUGGUGGAACUCUCUCGGGGCGCCUCUACUGGACAGGGUAAUAGCGUUGCGGUACCAAUCACGUUGGGGAUCCUGUCCGUUGUAGCAGUGGCGCUAAUCGGAGUGUUUGUGUGGAGAAAGAAAUUCUACAAACCAUAUGGUCAUACUUCGGACGUUCAGAUGAUAAACCCGAUGUAUAACGAGAAGGAAAUGAACACAUACGAGAUUAUACGAAGGUCUCACCCGGAGGAUAACAUGUACACUGACCUGAGUCCUCUAGACGUCACAAAAAUAGGGGACACCCACGGGUAUUAUGACGUCGCAAAACCUGUUCAGGAAACUAACACACAUAUGUAUGAGGACACUAACGGACAACGCUCCAGAUAUCCCCGAAAUUCCCGAAAUUCUCGGGUGUUCGGUCAGACACAUUAUGACGAAAUACUGGGAAUGGAAAACCAAACAGCGGAAGGGAACCAGCAAAAAUAUCAUAUUAAUGACACAUACCUCGUACCACAACCCUCAAUAAAGAGGCGGUAACUCAUAACACAAAAAGAAAUCUGAAGUAGUCGUAACAUAUAUGUACGAUACUAUAUAUUUUCUUCAGUUCUAGAAAGGACCUUUAAUUUAUCAGGUUUAAAACAACAGCAAAUAUCUUAUUCAUCCAAAGAGAAACAGGGGGAUUACAUUUUUUGCUUUUACUUCCGUCAACAGAAAUAAAGUUUUAAAAGUCUCGUA